UCUUUCUUCUAGUUUUUAGAGAUUUGUGUGGUUGUUAGUCUUUUGUACAAAAAGUGAACAAUUUGCAAAGCUUUCUAAAUCGGGCACAAUAAACUACAAAAUUCAGACGGGGCGUUAUAUUUACAAGAUUAAUCAUAAUUUUUACACAUUUUUAUAUUGCACAAAGUAAAAAAUAGGCCAGUCGCGCAAAAAAAAGAAAAACUCAAGAACAAUAACAACCCUAUCACUAGAGCAGGUACACGCAUAGAUGAUGGUUGGGAUGAGUUCACACAAACGCCAUUAAAUCAAAAGAAUGGCUGUGUCAUAAAAAUCCAUGUCACACAAUAGAACAAACUGAAAACAUAAUUAUGAGUACUUAACCAGAAUAAUAGCGGACGAAAGAGAAAAGAAGAAGGCAAGGCGAAGAAGAAGAAGAAGCAGCAUAAAGAGCGCGGACGUGUGCGCCACUUUUGCGACAUUGCACAGAUAUUGAGCGUACUUGUGUUUGUUGUUGUUGCUUGCAAUAAAGGUCAUCGCUAGCGGUGACAGCGAUGUCAGCGGCAGCGGCCCGAACACCAUUUGUAUAGUCGUCAACAGUUCUGCAGGAUCUGUCGAAGAAAUCCGGAAUUCUCUCUCUUACACUCAGCUAAGGCAAUUGCAAUUGUGAAAGGGCAAGAGAAACCACACCCUGAAUGUGCGUUUCUGUGACAGCCGACAGCCAAUGAACGAACUCAAAUACGAGAGGGAUGAUCAGCAACUAUUAGCAUGGAAAUGGUAAUGCACAAAUAAUGCGUAGAUAUCCAUAAAGGAUAUUUCAACCCGGCUAGGACUAUUAAAGCAGGAGCAAAAUCGCAAGAAAGCAUCACAACCAUUCGACAUCUCGUGCGCAAUAGUCGUCCAGUUGUUUGAGUGCAUUGAAGACGAUCGCGUUAGUUUAGUGCUAAAAUAAUACAAAAAUAAUAAAAAAUUUAAAAAAACACAAAGACAUAUAUAUAUGCUUAAGAUAAACAAUAUUCGAAAACUGUUUUUGAAAGCAACAAAAACUAAAGUGAAAAGACUUUACAAGUGAUUAAAUAAUACUAAGUUUGUUCCAAGUGGUGCCAGUACACGGCUAAAAAAAAUGAGUUCCCCCGAUAUAUCACCAGAUCCUGCGGACAAAUACAAUAGAUUGUCACCGUCUUCUUCAAGUCGCAUACUCUAUCAUGUGCCUUGCAAAGUUUGUCGCGACCAUAGUUCCGGCAAGCAUUAUGGCAUCUAUGCUUGUGAUGGUUGUGCCGGAUUUUUCAAGCGUUCCAUACGACGCUCACGCCAGUACGUUUGCAAGUCACAGAAGCAGGGCAUUUGCGUGGUCGACAAAACCCAUCGUAAUCAAUGUCGCGCCUGCCGCCUGCGCAAAUGCUUCGAAGUUGGCAUGAACAAGGAUGCCGUACAACAUGAACGUGGACCGCGUAACUCCACAUUGCGUCGGCAAAUUCAGUUGUAUAAAGAGGUCGUGAUGGGCCCAGACCCGUUGCCAUCCGACCUGAUGAUGAGUCAUAGGUUAUUUAAUGCUUUUCCAAUGACACCUAUGCUAAUACCGACUGUGCCACGUCCACCACCUCCACCACCACCACCACCACAACAUCAUCCACAUCCAGCUUUGGCCAAUCCUUUUCAGCCACCAAUAGUAUUGGAUCUAUCAGUUUCGCGUCUAGCAGCACACCAUGCCAUGCAACAGAGUCCAUUUGGUUUCUUCGCGCAAAACUCUUUCAUGAAUCGCUCAUUGCCACCAACGCCGCCACUAAUGGCCGCUGAACACUUAAAAGAGACUGCCGCCGAGCAUCUCUUCAAGAAUGUGAAUUGGAUUAAGAGUGUCGAGGCAUUCCAGAAUUUGCCGCUACCUGAUCAAUUACAAUUGUUGGAGGAUUCAUGGAAGGAAUUUUUUGUACUAGCCAUAGCCCAGCAUCUCAUGCCGAUUAAUUUUCAACAGUUACUCUUUCUCUACGAAUCGGAGAAUAUGAAUCGUGAAAUGGUUAAUAUGGUCAAGUGCGAAGUGCACUUCUUUCAAGAGGUACUCAAUAAGUUAUGUCAUCUCAAUAUCGAUACCAAUGAGUAUGAGUGCUUACGUGCAAUCACGCUCUUCCGUAAGCCCAACGAAGAUGCUGCUAACAAUUCAUUUGGCACUGGCGAAAGUAGCAGCCCAAAUUCAAGUACUUCCGGCGAUUCGCGUGGCCCUGUCGAUUCGGUCAAAAUAGCCGGUUUGUGUGAAGAGGCACGCGGUACCUUGCAGGCCUACGUGAUGCGCACAAAACCCACACAACCAUUGCGUUUUCAAGCAUUGGUUGGUAUACUACCAUUGCUCAGCAAAGUGUCGGGAUUCACAAUCGAGGAGUUAUUCUUCCGAAAGACAAUUGGCGAAGUCAAUAUCGUCCGGCUAAUUUCCGAUAUGUACAGUCAACGCAAGAUUUAAAAUCGCUGCGUUCCAGAGUGCUGAGAGACGUAAGAAACGCAAUCGCUAACGCAACCACAACCACAACACCACUGCCGCAAUAUGUUGCUAAUGUUGCCAAUGAGUUGCGCGCGGGAUCGCUUAAAUGGAUUAACUGCCUUAACGGGCGCUCGUUUAGAAAAAGUGCUUUCGCACUCCAAGUGCCUUGCUAUAUAAAAAGUGCUGGAAACUGUGAUAUGCUCUCGUACUUUAGAGGCGAAAGCUCCCGUCUGCUUAAUAACAAUAAUGUUAGUGAAUUUAGUUGUAAACAUCGUAAGGUGACAAUUAAGAUAAUAUCUUAUCAGUUUAACGCAUUUACAGUGCAUUCGAAUAAUAUUUAUAUACCUAUGAGA